UCCCUCCCCCCAUUUCCCAUUUCUCGCUCUGUUUCCGGCGCUUCGACUCCUCUCAUCUCUCGCUCUCCCUUUCAUGGUCGGAGGUAUUCUCGUGUUCUCCACCGUCGUUCUUGGGGUCAAAGUUCGUUCCCGCGGUCGCCGGACUCUUUGCAGGAGGUGAAGAAGCUCCCCCUCCCUGGAAGAAGCCUGGUCCCUGCUGCAUAGCUGAGGAGACAUGGAGUCGGAUAGAUUGCAAAAGCUAUACAUUGACUUCGCAUCAGUAGUCUUCCGUGAGGGGUUUCUGGACAAUCAGUACACACAGUUGCAGCAGCUGCAGGAUGAGAGCGAACCUAAGUUUGUUCUUCAGGUCGGGACUCUUUUCCUUGAAGACUCUGGGAAGCUCAUCAAUGGACUACGCUCUAUCCUAGAUCAGCAGGACGUGGACUUCGAGAAAUUGGAUGCCUGUGUCCGCAAGUUGAUGGGCAGCAGUGCCAGCAUAGGUGCUAGAAGAGUCAAAAAUGUGUGCAUGGCCUUUCACAACAGCUGUAAGAAGGGGAGCAAAGAAGGUUGCCUCAAAUGUCUACAGCAAGUGGCGCAGGAGUAUCUCCUGGUGAAGCGCAAGCUGGAAACUCUGUUCAAGCUGGAGACGCAGAUUCUGGCUGCUGGUGGAUCAGUCCCUUUGUUGUCGCAGUAGCAACAGUAGUACGUGCCAAAGCAGUUAUUCAUGCUGUUUGCUGCUUGUCAUUGCUUUAGCAGC